AUGGGCAGACUGCAUGCAAAAACUGUCCAAGAAAACAGUCCAGUGAUAGAAGAGGAGCCAAAACUGAAAGAGAGUGUCACAGUGUUCCACAGGUUCAUGGCUUUCUUGGCACUCAGGGCACUGUGUACUCCCAGCACUCUGGGAACUCUGCAAAUCUGGAUUGUUUUCCUAAUUUCCUGCAUAGGAACCACCCUUAUCUUAGUGAUAUCCUGGAUAAUCAUACAGAAGUGCUGUAGAAGAACAUUAGCAGCUCAGUUUAUAAAGGAAACAGAACCUGAACUUAAACACAGACUGAAAACCUUUGCAAAUAUUGCAAAUGAUGCAGAAAUUGAGGAGCAAAGAAGUAAACUGAGAAAUUCAGGCAAGCAUGUGAAAAAGAAUCUACCCAAAUAUAAAGCUGGGUUUUUACAUGAAGAGUCUACAGGACUGUUAAGUAAUGAUGGAAUGACAGAGACAUCAACACCUGCUGCUUCAAAUCCUUCUCCUGACCGCACAUGGCCAAGUGAAGUAGAAACUAGCUUUGAAGAAAGGCACCAUGUUCCAAAAGGACUGCCUCCUAAUCGGAAGAUGUUGGCUAAGAUACUGAGCCACAAAGUGUCUUAAUUUUUCCAUGUACUAUACAGUGAAAUGUAAGAACAGUUGUGAUCAUAUGUUGUAAAAUACAGCACUAGGGACCUUUUCUAAAAAAGGUGUUCAAGCAGUGUCCUUAGGUUCAUGAUCUUAGGAAUCCUCACUUUUUUAUAAUCUGCAAUAAGUCUUAUAAUGGGAUUUCCUGGGGAAAAAUUUCAGAAAGAAAAAGUUCUUGUAAUGAUUGCUGCCAUCUGUUAAGCAUGUUAGCGCUUGAAAAAGUGAAGAAUUGGCUAACCAAUUAUUGAGGACUAAUUGGAGUACAUUCCUACUGAAAGAUAUUUGUGAAGGAGAGAGACGUUUCAGUAUAUGUAACUUUCCACAAGUUUUCUGGUUUAAAAUAUAUUUACAUGUUUGUAAACAUCCAGGAAUUUAAAGAUAAUGAACUAACAGACGUAAUUUCUUACCGUCUAAUAACAUUAUAGAACCAAAGUAAAAGUUAAGUUCCAGUUAUACACAAUCUGAUAAUUUGACAAGAUAUUGUACGUUCGUAAGUUAAUAAAAAUCACAUAAAAUUGAGUAUCUAGCAUUUGAAUGUUGCUUUAAAUGCUUUGCAAUGUGUCUUAGGCUCAGAGUAAAUUUAGAGAAAUUUAGAACUGCGAAUGAUUACUCCUGUUCAAAACUGAUCAUCCGAAUGAAAGUCAUUGUGACUUUAGGUGGCAGUAAUGUUUAAAAUACAUAAAAAUGAUAAGAGGUCUGUUUCCAUCUGUCAAUUUGUAUAAGAAAAGAAAAGGUUUUGAAAAUAAAA